AACAAGAAAAGAAUCGAUCUCUAAGCUGAAACUGAUACCGGAAAUCAGUCUUCGAUUGAUCAAUGAGUUAAAGCAUUGCAUACAUUUUAUUGCAUCUUUGCAUUCAAACUUUUAUUAUUAUACUCACUAUGUAAAUUAAUAAAUAAAAAGUUGCAAUUGUGUUAUAACACAUUUCAGGAAAACGUAUGCAUUAAAAGUAUGAUAGCGGAGUAAAUAUUGUGUUAUUUCAAAUGGAUAAAAAAUUGAAGGUAUGUUUUUAGGGAUAAAAGCUGAAAGAGAUGGAAAUUAUUUGGUUUAUUGGAUUACUGUUCUAUCUUCUUUUCAACCUAGUAGUUUGUUCUUUGUAUGGAAGAGGUCCAGUGCUGGAGCGAAAUUGUCGAGAUGUAUGGAAUUUUCAAAAUCAAAGGUUAAAUGGUACAUAUGAAAUAGAUGUAGAUGGGGAAGGACCCCUUUAUCCUAUUUUUGUAGACUGUGAUAUGGGGGAUGGAAGAGAUCCACAUCAAGUACAGACUAUUGUUCAUCAUGAUACCGAAGAUCCAAGACUAGUCAGAGGUUACGAAUCUGCAGGAUCAUACGUCCGAAAUGUGACUUAUAGGGGUGUAAGUGAGAGGCAUUUGAUGGCUUUGAUUGAUCUAUCGUUUUCAUGUCAACAAUACAUAAGGUGGGAUUGCAAAGGAUCUAUGUUCGGAUUUUGGUAUCCACCUGAUCUUAAUAGUUGGUGGGUUGGAAGAAAUUGGAAGCCUCAGUUCUAUUGGGGUGGAGCUGAGACAGACAGCAGAAGCUGUGGUUGCCAUCCAUAUUGCCACCAGACUAGUCGUAAUAGCACUUGCAACUGUGACGACAACAACAAGUUGAAAUUUUUGGAGGACUCAGGUUUACUCUUAGAUUCAAGUAGGUUACCGGUGCUUCAGCUUCGCUUCGGGGACACCGGGGAAUCCAAUGAAGCUGGACAACACAUUCUAGGACCAUUAAUCUGCAGAGCUACCGGACAUAGAGAUAUAUUUAUGGGAGUAUUUCACGCUCCAGUUACUUUAACAACUCCUGGAUACAAAAGUAAGAAGUACCCACCGGCUUUUCAUCGCUAUACUUGGUCAGUUAGAAUACCUGAAGGUGAGACCAUGGAAUUGGUAUUUCCGGACUACGAUGUAGUUCAUUAUGGAUCAUACAAUGCUGUCCCAGAUUGUAAAAGUGUAGUAACAGUACGUGCUGAAGAAGAAAAUGCAAGAGAGACGGUGGUUAUAAUGAGGCAGAAAAGCCCACCAUACUAUGCAUCAGAAGGAUCAAGGACUGUAGUAAAUAUUACUCUGACUACAUGCAAUCAGGAUCCCAAUGUUCCUCUGGGCAGAGGAUUUAAAGCUUACAUUAGACGUACAGAAUGUGGUGGGUGCAAUCCUGGUUUAGGUUUAAAUGAAGGAACAACAUAUUGCAGUGGAGUGUGUGGAAUAAUUGCAUCUGAAGAGUAUCCUUUUCCACCUAAUUACUACUUCUCGUCUGAUGUAUACAGUGAAUAUAAUCACACAUGGAUAUUAAGAGUUCUGCAGCACUAUGUAGUGGAACUAGAGUUCAGGGAUUUUGACAUUCCUGGAAUUCCGGGAUCAAGGAAUUGCACUCCAGAAAGUGGUGUGUUGUGGAUUUAUAACGGAGAAGGAGUAAAAUUUCAAAAUUUGAUCGGAGGGUUUUGCAAUUUGAAUCGAGAGGGUAUAGUAUAUUCUACUUCGAACAUAAUGACCUUAGUCUUUGCUACAAGAUGGAGGAAAGUCGGAAAUGGUAGAGGAUUUUACGCUGUUUAUCGAGGAGUGCCACAACAUCCAAUGAAGGAUUUAAGAAAAUAUGAUCUAUCAAAUGUCGCUGAAGGAAGACCUGCUAAACAAUCCAGUACAAAAGAUGGAAGGCAUGCAAUUUAUGGAAUUGAUAGUAAUGUUGAUACGGAAAAUCGUUCUUUGUGCGUAGCGACAGAAAUUGAAAGAGAUCCAUGGUGGCAAUUAAAUUUACAGAAGCGUUAUCUUAUCCACGGGAUAGAGCUGUACAGUGCAAAAUCUGGAUCUCAGAUCCUAGAAAGAAAACUGACAUGGCCCGAUGGACAAUAUGGCUUACCAAUGCCGGUAUCUGGAUGCCCUUCCAGUAAAGGUUUUCUAUGGCACGCAGGAUUUAGAUAUCAAGACAUGCAAUAUGAUGUAGUGCAAGAUAGCAAAAUUAAUCACUGGUCUCCGGGUAUUCUUCUAAAAGGUGGUUUGCAAAUGAAGACUAUCGGGGGAAUUGUAGAAAGAAGUGGUGUAAUACAGCAUUUUUGCAUGAAGACAAGAUAUUCAACUUACACAAGCUCGGUGAAGGAAUGGCCAGCUGGAGAAUAUUGCAUUUUUCAGUACGGGGACAGAUGUCCACUGAAGUUUGAAAGUGGAUACAUCACUUGGACAGACAGCCACAAUCCGUUGUCUGAUAGCUCAAUAAAUGGUUUCGUCCCAACUGGCAAUUACACUUCGCAGACAACGACUAUUUACUUCUGUUGCAGGAAGGACCGUAGUGCAGAUAACGCGAUUUAUUUACCGAACGAUGCUCCCUUCUACCUAUUUAAGUAUGGAAAAACCUGCCAAAAAGUGAAAGGAAUGUCUGAAAUGGAGCAUUAUUUCCAUUUCAAUGAAGACGUUCAACCACUUAUGCCCUGGAAUAAUGAAGAAAAAGUUAUGGGAAAACCAAAACAUGGAGGACGAUACCCAAGUAUUGAUAGCAGCGGAUAUGAGAAGGGACUAGCUUUGUCAUAUUGCUACUAUGAUAUUUCUCAGAGCUUGAGAGGCUUUCGUGUGCUAAUUGAUGAAACUGGACUAGUUGAAACCUACAGCCGUUACUAUGAUGACCUUUCUUAUGGUAUUCCACACACAGAAGUUGGCAAAUUCCUGAAUGCUUAUACAUGCGCUAUUUAUCCUGUUACAAACCAUGAGUUUGAUGUGUGGAAAGUGAAUUGUUCUCAACCUAUUUAUGGACAAUAUGUUACAUUGCAAGUGUACAACAGAUUUGACAGUUUAAACUUUUGUGAGAUGAAGGUCUUUGGAACAGAAUCUUGUGGGCAACCUUUAGGGAUGGCUUCUGAAGAAAUAUUCGAUUCCCAGCUAAGCGCGACAUCUGACGAUGAUGGAGAGAAAUAUCACCAUACAAAUGCGAGACUUAAUUCCAACAAUGGAUGGUGUGCUAAACUUAAUGACAAGUCAAAAAACCUUACAGUGUUUCUUCAGAACAUGACAAUAGUAACUGGAAUUGUACUUCAAGGAUUAAGUAAUACUCACAAGCGGACAAUAGUAAAGAAAUUCCAUUUGGACUUUAGUAACGACACUCUCAGUUGGAUGUGGGAAGAAGAACCAGUUGGACAGCAAAAAGUUUACGUAUGUGACCAGUGUGAAUCGCCAGUUUACAAUAAUGAUCUAGAAAUUAGGUUUAAUCUUUUGAAAGGAAUUCCCACUAGGUUUGUAAAAAUAAAAAUUCUGGAAUAUUACGAGCAACCUUGCUUGAGAAUGGAAAUAUUAGGAUGUCGAGAAAAAGAAAUAUGCGGAACUGUUAUGAUGACACCGCAAGGGUAUGUAAAGUCUCCAAACUACCCGCAUUAUUACGGACAAGAUAAAUCCUGUUCAUGGACAAUAGAACCAGAACCUGGGAAACAUAUCGAACUGAAUUUCAUCGUUUAUGAUCUGGGUGAACAAGAAGACGUUCUCAAGGCUGGUAAUUGCAAGGAUGAACUUAUUGUUUACACGGGCUACGGGAAUAACACCGCAAUCAAAUCACCAGACGGUAAGUUCUUUCCGAAGAGGAUAAUUUCUAACGGACCUAUGAAGAUCCAUCUGCAAAGUUGCUUCAGGUAUUCAAGGAGUCGAUACAAAGGUUUCUAUGCACACUAUAAAUCAGUUGAUUGCCCUGGAUGUGAUGUUGGAGAUUUCCAGUGUUCUGAUGUCCAUGUUUGUGAAUCAGUGUGUGGAAAAAUUUUAUCAUUUGGACAUCCCUUGAAUUAUCAAAAUAAUCAUAAUUGUAGGUGGUUAAUCAGAGCACAACCGUCUCGUUUCAUCAACCUUACUUUUCAAGACUUUGACAUCGUUGGUGGUGACAACUGUCAAAAAGACUAUCUAGCUGUUUAUGAUGGAGACACAAAUGACAAGUCUAGUUUAAUUGGACGUUUCUGUAACAGCAAGAAGCCCCCCGAAGAAAUUGUUUCCAGUUGGAACACAUUGCUUUUGGAAUUUUCCUCCGAUGGCGAGGGUACAGGAAGGGGAUUUGCAUUGAAAUAUGCUUCCAAGAGCUUUCAAAUGCCUGCUGAUAUACAAGUUUAUGAUUUAGAUGACGAACUAGCUUGUCCACCACCAUGGAAAUACUAUAAUGGAAAUUGUUAUAACGCCUAUCAUGAAGACCAUGGAAUCCAAUGGUAUGAGGCUGAAGCGAAAUGUAAGGCUCGUGGAGGUGACCAAAAUGGUCACUUAGUGAGCAUUUUAGACAAAAAGGAAAAUGCAGUAGUUCAUUUCUUUUUAACAAACUUUUGGGAUGCAAAACACAAAUCCUUAUAUAUAGGUUUGAAUGAUGAAGCAAAAGAAGGAGUUUAUAGAUGGAGUGAUGGAAAUCCUAUGAUUUAUACAGAUUGGGCACCCGCAGGUCGUACUCUGAGAACACAGCCAGACGGUGGUGCAUAUCAGGAUUGUACAAUGUUGCGAGUGGACAGUGGUCAUUCAACUGCUCAUUGGCAUGAUCUACCUUGCUCUUUAGGAAAUUUAGCUUUUCACAAAGGAGAUGGUAUUUAUUGGGGAGAAGAAGACCCAAAUAAAUCUGGUGGUGACAACGAAGUUCUUUCCUCCAUAAGUAGUUUCAUUUGCAAAAUGAAUAGUGAUAGACUUGCAGGCAUUUUGGAACGAUUUCCUUCGAUUCCUGCUCAGCUGAAAUCAACUAGUGCAACACCUAUAGUGGUGACAGCAGAAAAAUACUUUUCGUGUAGAAACCAGGAGAUUAUUUCAACUCAGUUCGUUUGCAAUCUAGCAGAAGAUUGCAGGGAUGGAAGCGAUGAAGAUAGUUGCUCUCAGACACAGUGCCCUCAAAGCAGUUUUCGAUGUCACAAUACAAAAUGUGUGUCGAUGGCAGCUUAUUGCGAUUACAAAGAUGAUUGUGGAGAUCUUUCUGAUGAAUUUAGAUGUGAUCACAGAGAGUGCAAAGCAGAUGAAUUUCAGUGUAGAAAUGGGCAAUGUAUACCUUUUGAACAAAGAUGUGACUUGUUGCCUAAUUGUUAUGACAAGUCGGAUGAACAUGACUGCAAAGGUUCUUGUAAUCCAAACAGUACUUUUCAGUGUUAUGAUGGUACUUGUAUUCCGAGAUAUACACUUUGUGACGGUCAUCGCGACUGCCCUGGAAAAUAUCAUGAAGACGAACAAAUAGGAUGUUCUCGAAGAGAAGAUAGAAAUGGAAGAGGGGAGGAAAAGAAACUUUGCUCUAAAACAGACAGAAAAACCUGCUUAGAUCUUUACAUUCUGGAUAAUAUUCGUACCAGUGGUUAUUACAUAAUAGACUCUGAUGGCUCGGAUGGACCGGCAUCUCCUUUUACAGUUUAUUGCCAAAUGGGUGCUACACCAAAUAAAGUAGUUACUAUAGUCCACCAUGAUUCAGAAGAAAGUAUUUACGUCAGGUCUAAUAAAGAUGGACCAGGAGUCUAUGGUCGAACCCUUAUAUACUCUGUAGGUAUGGAUAGCAUCAAAGCUCUAACGAACGCUUCCAAAAACUGCAGGCAAGAAAUUAGCUGGGAAUGCAGUGGUACUGGAUUCCAUUUUGAAUCAGGAAAACCCUGGAGCUGGUGGGUAGCCUGGAAUGGAAAGCCGCAGUACAGAUGGGGAGGUGCAAAAGCGAAUAACACGUGUGGUUGCUACGAGAAUAGAGGGUGCAGAAAUACUAGUUACGCUUGCAAUUGUGAUUCUGUUAAAAAAUAUGAAUGGUCAAAAGAUGAAGGUUACCUCACAGAUAAAAGGGCGCUUCCUGUUUUGGAGGUUAGAUUUGGAUACACAUUUAGAACGGGACAGUUUGGAAAUCAUAGAAUUGGUCCAUUGGAGUGUUUUGGCAAUGCUUUUGAGUCCAAUGAAAGUUGUACAAAUACAACGCAAUACAUGAAAUGCCACACAGGACAUUAUGGACCUAUUAAUUUCAGAUGUAUUUAUGAAUUUGAUCAGUAUGGGUAUCAGUUAGGAUGCAGAGAUGUCAGCCAUCUUAAGGAUUGCGAGAACUUUAAAUGUCCAAAAGAUUAUGUGAAAUGUCCAGAUUCUUACUGUAUUCCGACAAUGUAUGUUUGUGAUGGAAAGUGGGAUUGUAUUGGGGGAGGAGAUGAAGAAGAAUGUGAUCCAUAUAAUUGUCCUGGACAGUAUAAAUGUUAUAACAGAAGUUCAUGUUUGCCUAUCAACAAACUUUGUGAUGGAAUUAGAAACUGUCCACACGGAGAUGAUGAGCUAUUAUGUGAUCUUGUUUGUCCAAAGCAUUGCACAUGCGUCGGGCUAUAUGUUUCCUGCAUGCAUCAAAAUGCUUCAAUGUUGCCUUCAAAUCUUCCAGAAAAAGUACGGAAACUGGAUUUCAGUUUCAAUCGCCUAGAUCUGCACAACACAGAUUUUUCAAGUUUCUGGACUUUGGGAGAAUUAAUUCUGCAAUAUAAUUAUCUGACAGUUUUGCCACCUAGCAAGUUUUUGCGCUUGAGAAAUUUGUAUAAACUAGAUCUAAGUCACAAUAGACUGACCCUGAUAUCGUCCUCUGCUUUCGAAGGACUGACAAAUGUGCGAUUAUUAGUCCUUGAAAAUAAUCCGACGAUUAUGAAAAUAUCAUCCGAUGCUUUCAAUGGAUUGGCAAACCUUCCCACAUUUAACCUUACGGGGACUUCCUUGAAAAUUUUAAAGCGUAAUACUUUUAACGGAAUGUCAAGUUUAAGAACUUUAAACUUGCAAAAUAACAAUAUCGAGAAAAUAGAAAAUGGAGCCUUUGUUGGUUUGCAUUCAGUUACUGUUUUGGACAUCAAAGGAAACGAUAUCACUGACUUUACAUCGGAUAUUUUCAAAGGAUUGAGAUCCUUAGAAUACUUGUACAGUGAUAGUUAUACUUUUUGCUGCAAAGCCUCGAAAGUUGUACAACUUCACGCUUGUCUACCUCCUCCUGAUGAGAUAUCUUCUUGCGAGGAUCUGAUGAGCAGUCAAGUUCAGAGAGCAUUCCUCUGGGUUCUCGGUACCAUCGCCCUUUUGGGCAAUCUAUUUGUCAUUGUCUGGCGAUUCAAAACCAAUGAUGGUAACAGGAUCAGCUCCUCUCUCAUUCUAAGCUUAGGCUUUGCGGACUUGCUGAUGGGUUUUUAUCUCAUCAUCAUCGCCAGCGUAGAUGUUCAUUACCGAAGUAUUUACAUCGAAAACUCUGACAAAUGGAAGCGUAGUACACUUUGUAAGAUUUGUGGCUUCCUCUCUACUGUAUCCAACGAAGUGUCUGUACUGACUUUGGCUUUCAUCACGAUAGACAGACUUUUGUGCCUCUGCUUUCCACUUUCUCAGAAACGAUUCAGUUCACAAUUCACUUACAAACUCAUCGCUUCAUCAUGGGUUGCAGCCGUCAUCAUGGCAGCCAUACCCCUAGUUGUUGAGCCAUACUUCCAAGGUAGAUUCUAUGCCCGAUCUGGUGUAUGCUUGGCGUUGCAUAUUACGAACCAUAGACCCGCUGGAUGGGAGUACUCGGUAGCAAUUUUCUUUUGUAUGAACACUAUUGCUUUCAUCAUAAUCGUUGCUUCUUAUUUAUACAUGUAUUAUACCAUCAAGAAAUCUUAUAAAAAUAUGAGCCGUCUUAUGUCUCGUCAUUCUAGAGAGAGCAAAAUAGGAAGACAAAUGGCGCUUAUUGUCUUGACCAAUUCAGCGUGUUGGAUACCAAUCAUUGUUAUGGGCUUAUUGGCAAUGUCUGGAGUAAAUGUAACUGGGGAAGCAUACUCAUGGACAGCUAUUUUUGUUUUACCAUUGAAUUCAGCAACAAACCCAUUAAUAUACACUAUUUCAUCUUUGCAUUUUCAUACUAGACUUUUAUCAAGGUUUGGACUAACCAAAAAAGAUUUAAGAAGUUCAUACGUCAGUAAACUCACAAAUUCUAGACCGAACCCAGACAAAAGCAAGCGAAUGAUGCUGCGACAUGAUACACUUGAUUCUAGACCAUUUAAACCACCCUAUGGCUAUGUGAGUCUUCUUCAAUAUUUGAGGACUGUUCCUGGAUUGAGACCACGCCAUCUACUCAAAAUUGCGACUGCUAUUUGCAAGACACUCACUGAAUUACAUUCUGCAAGUUAUGCUUUGGGUGGCAUUGAUGUGAAUGCUGUAUUCGUUUGUGAGAAUACUGACAAUAGUGACGAAAUUCACGUGUAUGUGCCAGAUUUUAAUGCAUACAAGAUUGUAUCAUCUCCUAUAAGUGGAAUGCCGGAUGAUACAACCGUUGAUAUGGAGGAGUUCGGACUUUUGGUGAAAAAAAUGCUCAGAGUUUAUCAUGUUGUAUCACGUUCUAACGAUCCCAUGCAAGGAACAGCAUGUUAGUCGAAGAAUGUAAUUUCAUCUUAUUUGUAUCACAGUACAUCAUAUGUUUGAUAAAAUAAAGAAUGAAACCUUAAUGAAUGAAA